GUCACGCUCGUUGCUAAGUUGAUUGGUAAAAGGAACCGGCUGACAACUAUUUAGCUAGAUAGUGAGAUGGAGGGUGUUUGGCGGCAUGCUCAAAACACACUGAGGAUGGACCGUAGUGCAAGUAUCUGUAGGCGUUUUAUAAAUGGCUCUUGCAGAUUUGGUCCAAGGUGUAAUUAUCGACAUGAAUGGCCAGUUUUACAGUCAUCCCAAAUAUGUAGGUACUUUCAGAAAGGUGGAUGCUGGUAUGGUGAUCGCUGUAGGUAUCUUCAUGUCCUUCAACCUGAAGUGGCUGCAGGUAGAAGAGGUUCAGUGCCUACGGUUUCCUCCUCCCGUGUUGUUUAUGCUCUGCCUGACAGAAGAGGCUCAGAACCUGCUUUUCUGCAGGCUCAGGUGAUGUCUACGCAGGAAUGCAGCAGAUCACAAUUGGCGGAUAAUAUCUUAUAUCCUCAACGCAACAUUGGGCGCCUGGCAACAGAUAUUGCUGAGGAACAAUCACAAGAUAUGAACACUCCCCGCACUGCUUCUUGGGAGUCGGUCCAGAGCUCAGAAGUUGCUCAAGCAUGUGAUGGAAGAAAUGAGCAGGAGAUUUCUUCCAGUCAGACGACAGAGGAUGGUGCUGCAGCCUCUAGUACCCAGGGGAAUAUAGAGGAAAUUGAGGCCUUCCUCCAGAGUAAAAAUGUGACUUGUGGCAUCUGCAUGGACAAGGUGUAUGAAAAGAUGGAUCCAAGAAACCACAUUUUUGGAAUCUUGCCAAACUGCAAUCACGCCUUCUGUUUACAGUGCAUCAUGACUUGGAGGAAAACAAAAGACCUCGGGCCGGAUGUGGUAAAGAGCUGCCCACAGUGCAGAGUGAGGUCUGCCUUUUAUGUGCCUAACAGACACUGGGUUGAAGGACAAGCAAAGGAAAGGCUAAUAGCUGCCUUCAAAGAGAAAUUCAGUAAGAGAAGAUGCAGUUACUAUACCCGAUACAGAUGCUGCCCUUUCAAAACGGAGUGCCUUUAUCGGCAUGACAAACAUGCACGUCGCAGUUCAUUUCCGUAUGAUACAGAAGAUGAAGACUACGAUGGUGUAGAUCUGCUUAAUCUUUUCAUAGCCAUGACCCUUAUCGGUGACGACGAUGACGAUGACGAUGACGACUUUGGCUUUCCUUUUUAUCCAUCUGAUGAGUAUGGUUUCUGAAGAGCAUGGUUCCUGAGCUUUUUCAUUCUUUAUUGUCAGUGACUCGAUCCACUGAAUGGGGUCUUUAUUUAAAUUGGCCCCAGAAGAACACAUGGCUGUGUUUUGACCCUUCUGUCGGUAUUGAAACCUCUUCAUAAGUAGCUGUGAUCAAGAUCCGGGAUGUCCACCAUGCACAAUGGAGGGCCCAGUGUUUUGGGGUUUUAAAUUGCAGUCAGACUACAGCUGGUGAUUUUAACUGACAAGCACUCUUUCAACCAGAGAGGAGCUAACAUGUGAAAUCACCUGCUACAGUCUGUUUGGAAUUGAGGACAUGUACACUUUGCUCUCUGCGGCACAUGGUUUGUUGCUCCAGUUCUAAUAUGUAAGCAUCCCAGAUGUGAUGCAUCUUUAAUCCGUCUAAUGAUCUUGUGGUUAAUCUGUGGCCAUCUAGUUUUGCAUUUAUUACACUCCAGUGGCCAUAGUUCUUUAAACAUGAUUGUUAAUUUUCCCUUUACCUAUGAUUUAAUGGGAGUGCUCAAUUCUGACUUCUCUGAGCAAUUUGCACCAUUUUGAUAUUUUAAAGUGUUGUGUGGAUGGUAGUUUUAAUUGUCUAUAGAUGAAAAGUAUGCUGUACCCUUCUUGCUAAUGUCUACUACUUAUGAUACCUGCCUCAAGUGAUAGUCAUGAGACCCUUUUUUUCUAGUUUUGGCAAGAAUAUGGAAUGUAUAAGAUUUUAUUUCUUUUUUAACAAGUUGUACUUGUACACAGAAAAUAAAACAUUGCUUCACACUCUG